GCCUAAACUCCCAACAUUUGUUUAAUGACGUGCCACUAUUGCACACGUAGCAUUGAGAUAUUUUUGGAGAGGAAGCCAUGCUGAUACUAUCGACAAUAAACGGCGUCUGGAUCCAAAAUUAGGAUUUAUUAUUAUUUUUGAACAUAUGGAAUAGUUCAGUAUAUAUCAUUAUUUGAUGCAUAGCCGGAAGUAUGGAUUAACGCCUUAAAUACAGGAGGUCUGGUGAAGUGCCCAGGACUAGUGAGAUUUUUCUCAUGAAGACAAUGCUACACUCUUGAAACAGCAGGAAACAUGAGCUCACACGUUCAGGAGUUAUUUCAUGAAAAUGCCCAGGAUUCUCAUAUGAACGCUCAGCCAUGGUGGAAGGUAAAGCUGUUUGUGUGGGAGCCUGUUCUGUUCGGAACUUGGGAUGGUGUCUUCACCACGUGUAUGAUCAACAUUUUUGGAGUAGUGCUUUUUCUACGCACUGGAUGGCUUGUUGGUAACACUGGGGUGCUGCUGGGCAUGCUCCUUGUGUCACUGGUUGUGCUGGUUGCUCUGGUGACAGUUAUGUCAGGUAUCGGAGUGUGCGAGCAAUGUACUGUUGGCAAUGGAGGUGUAUAUGCAAUGAUCUCCAUGGUUCUCGGAGGUCGAGUCGGAGGCACUGUAGGACUCCUUUAUGUGUUUGGGCAGUGUGUGGCCGGAUCCAUGUACAUCACUGGCUUUGCGGAGUCCAUAGCCGAGGUACUGACUGUGCAGAGUGUGUGGGCUGUUCGAGGGAUCUCCGUGGCUGUCCUCCUGGCCCUGCUCGGGAUUAACCUUGCUGGAGUAAAGUGGAUUGUCCGGCUGCAGCUUGUCCUUUUGGCCAUCCUCGCUGUAUCAACUAUGGAUUUUGUCAUUGGAACCUUCAGCCAUUUGAAUCCUGAGCAUGGAUUUGUCGGUUAUUCGGAAGAGCUUUUAUGGACGAACAUUCUGCCGGAAUACACAGCUGGAGAAACUUUCUUUACUGUGUUUGGGGUCUUCUUUCCUGCUGCAACAGGUGUGAUGGCAGGGUUCAACAUGAGUUCAGAUCUUCAUAAGCCUGAACACAACAUACCUGUGGGGACCCUGGCAGCUGUCUUCACUUCGUGGUUCCUGUACCUUGUUUUUGUAUUCUUGCUUGGAGCCAUCUGUACCAGAGAUGCUCUGCGUUAUGAUUUCUUAAUAGCAGAAAAGGUCUCCUUGGUGGGCUUCCUGUUCCUGUUGGGCCUUUAUGUGUCCUCCCUGGCCUCUUGCAUGGGUGGCCUGUAUGCAGCACCCAGGGUAUUGCAGUGCAUCGCCCAAGAAAACGUUAUCCCAGCUCUGUCUUUUCUGGGGCAAGGGAAGGGUCCCAAUAAAACUCCAGUAGCAGCCAUCUGUCUAACCAGCUUAAUCUCCAUGGCCUUCAUCUUCAUUGGUCAGGUCAACGUUCUGGCUCCUAUAGUUACUAUCAACUUUAUGCUGACAUAUAGUGUCAUCGACUACUCCUAUUUUAGUGUGGCCAUGAGCUACAAGCUACAAGUUAAGGAAAGAAGGCCUCUUCAUGAAAAACCCUGCUCUAGAAAACCACUAGUAACAAGUAAUCACCCAUGUUAUGGAAGCAGUGGUGCUCUGAGCAAGCCCAGCAAUGGCACACUGCUGGAGUUCACUAAAGACAUGGACCAGAUAUUUACAUUGCCUAGUGCAGACAGCACAGAGGAAGAGAAAGCCUCCAAUCAUGGAGCCAAGGUCUGGGGCAGGAAGGCAAAAGUUCCUGCUAAAGAAACACUGAGCAGUAGCUUUCGGCUUGACUUAAACAGCAACGGCCCAUCAGAGAAGGAAAAGGAUGAGAAAACGUUUGAACAAAACAUUGGCACAGAUGAUGAGACCAGCAGUCAGGCAGGCCUUAUCGAGUCUGAGCCAAGAGGGAAGUGGAAACUGUCUUUGCCUCCUCAAAGUCCUAUUGAACUCAACCAGAUAUCAGAGGAGACAUCGGACACAAACGACACAAAACCAAAGCUGGAGGGAUCAGAUAUUCGACCAAUCCCGAAUUCAUGUUAUGCCAAGUUCUGCAAUCACUGGGUUUCGUUAAUUGGUGCACUGUGCUCCAUUCUGAUCAUGUUUGUCAUCCAGUGGGUGUAUGCUUUGGUGAAUAUCAGUUUUGCCCUCCUCCUUUACCUCUACAUCGGAAACACAAGCCCAGGAUUGCCAACAGGUACAGCAGCACGUUUCAGCUUUUUCCGCUGGAUAAAGAGUUCUCUGAGUAGCCUGGGCAGGCCAAACCAAGUGCUUCAAGACCAGAUUGUGGUGACACCAUCUUUGUCAACAGUUGACAUGGAAACCAGACAGCUGACAGAAGAAAAUACAGACUUCGCCUUCCGAGACCGCUAUCACCACUGGUCCGUCAUUACCACCACAGAAGAGAUGGUUCAUCCACAACGCCACUAACCAGCCUCAUCCUACUUACUUCAGCUUGGCCCUGAUGUUAAAACGAAAAGGAGUGCUGAAGCAGUCAUUAUACACAAAUAAAUCUCAAAAGCUGAUCUUA